AUGAACUCCCUGCUGCGGGAACGGUGGUCCAAGGGAGAGAUGAUCAAGAGAGUCGGCUCGUAUACAUACUCUGACUUGAGAGGAAAUAAGCCGGGCAGAAGAGGUCUAUAUAAACCUCGACAGAACCCGUCCAUGAAGAUAUCCAAACAAGCAAGACAACAAAGACGAAAACAACAACAACAACAAUCCCAACCAAACUCCCAGUUUCAACCACCCUUCAAAUCAACCCAUUCAUCAAUCAAAAUGCGUUCCGCAAUCUUCAUCUCUGCCAUCUCCUUCCUCCCAGCUGCUCUUGCAGCUCCCAUGCAGAUCUCCGCCAGAGACUGUGUUGGCCCAGACGUCAACCCUGCCACCAUCGCUCUCAUCAAGGAGUUCGAGGGCUUCGUCCCAGCUCCUGCACCUGACCCAGUUGGCCUCCCAACCGUCGGCUACGGCCAUCUCUGCCAGAGCAAGAACUGCGGAGAGGUUGGCUUCCCAUUCCCUCUCACUGAGGAUACCGCCACCCAGCUCCUCAUCCAAGACGUCAAGGCUCCCCAGCAGACCAUCACCUUGAAGACCGCUGAUGGUGUCCACCUCAAUGAGAACCAGUAUGGUGCUCUCGUCUCUUGGACCUUCAACGUCGGCCCAGGAAACGUUGCCACUUCCAGCCUCCUUCAGCGUCUCAACGCUCUCGAAGACGUCAACACCGUCCUCCGCGAGGAGCUCCCUCAGUGGAAGUACGGAGGUGGAAAGGUUCUUCCUGGCCUCGUCCGUCGCCGUGCUGCCGAGGUUGCCCUUGGCGAGACCGCCUCCGACGUCCCUGCUUUGCCAGUUGCCUGCUAA